ACAGCGGACGGUAGCCCGUAAGGAUCAUUCCAAGGCCAGCUCAUUCGCUGCGUGAAUUGUUUCCUUGAGCGGGCGGGGGGUCUACGCCGCUUGAGCUCAAGAGGGCGAGGCGACAGUGUGGCGCCAGUCCUCAGCCCCGCGCCCUUCUUUCUCGGUUGUUGCGCUGCGUGCCUCUCCUUCAGUCGGCGCUGAAGUGAGCCUGGUUCUGGGCGGGCGAACAGCUGGAGCCCACUAGGAAUGGCAGCCCCAUCUAUGAAAGAAAGGCAGGCUUGCUGGGGAGCCCGGGAUGAGUACUGGAAGUGUUUAGAUGAGAACCCAGAGGACGCUUCUCAGUGCAAGAAGUUAAGAAGCUCAUUUGAAUCAAGUUGUCCCCAACAGUGGGUUUUCUUCAGCCUGAAAAUAAAUCAGAUACACGAAACAGUCAUUCAAGGCUGCCGCGAGCCCGCGCACAUCAAGGCACCGGGUUGGACGCUUGGGGCCCGGGCCGUGAGGCGAGCUCCUCGCCGACGCAGCCACGGCCCCGGUGGGAGCAGAGGAGGAAAAGCGAGAAAGGACAGGCACGUCCCAGAGCCAAACGCCCGCCUGCACAACACUCAUCAGACCCACGCCGGCUCACCACUCAGGCGAGGAGUAGCUGGUGGAGAGCAGGGUGGUCACACAGCACCGAGCUGAUCUCCCUGUGCUAUGCGGCUGCUUCCCACUAGCUAUCUAUUUUACAUUUGGUAGUGUAUAUAUGUCCAGGCCACUCUCUCACUUCGUCCCAGCUUCUCCUUCCCCUUCCAAAGCAUUU